GCUAAAGUAUUGGGUGGGCGCCAUCUCGCUGUCGGCAACACGAAGCAGUUCAUUGCAGGCCAACCAAGCCAAGCCAAGCAGCUCAACUACUGAUCCCAUUGACUAAACUCAUCUCACGAUUCUCAACCCGCAUUUUCUGACCCUGUUGUGUUCCCAAACCUCACGACUUUUCGUCACUUUCUUUCAUCACCCAACUCGACUAUUCCCAGCUCUGAUCCAACAUUUUCAAUGGCGGCAGAUCACUCUCAAUCAGGCACCACCCAGUUGCGGCUGAACUCGCGGCGGAGCUACGUGGUCCACCCCGUUGACAUUGAGACGCCACCUCUAACUUCCCCGGCUCCCGCCACGCCCGCCGUGUUCCGGGAAAUCAAGCAUUUCAAGAAAUGGGUUGUCUGGUUGAUACCUGCUUUUGUUAUCAUCAAUACCAUCAUGUUUAUCAUCACUAUGUAUGUCAACAACUGCCCCAAGAACUCGGUCUCUUGCAUUGCCACGUUCUUGGGGAGGUUCUCGUUCCAGCCUUUUAAGGAGAACCCUCUUCUUGGACCAUCAUCGUCUACGUUACAGAAGAUGGGUGCUUUAGAUGUGAAAAAGGUGGUUGAUGAUCACCAGGGGUGGCUUCUCAUCACUUGCAAUUGGCUACAUGGUGGAGUUUUCCAUUUGUUGGCGAAUAUGCUGAGUCUUUUGGUUAUUGGGUACCGGCUAGAGCAAGAAUUUGGUUUUGUGCGGAUUGGUUUGCUAUAUGUCAUCUCUGGACUUGGUGGGAGUUUGAUGUCUUCACUUUUCAUCCAGUCAAAUAUCUCUGUUGGUGCUUCCGGUGCACUUUUUGGAUUGCUGGGAGCCAUGCUUUCUGAACUUAUCACUAACUGGACGAUAUAUGCUAGUAAGUUUGGAGCGCUUUUCACCCUCCUGAUCAUCAUAGCAAUCAAUUUGGCAGUGGGAAUUCUCCCACAUGUGGAUAACUUUGCUCACAUUGGAGGAUUCCUUUCGGGUUUCUUUCUGGGGUUCGUAUUUCUUAUCCGCCCUCAGUUCGGAUGGGUUAACCAAAGAUAUGCUCCUCCAGAGUACAGAUCAUCUGAAGUUAAAUCUAAGUUCAAGACCUAUCAGUGCAUUUUUUGGAUCCUUUCGCUGGUUAUUUUAAUCGUUGGAUUUACUGUUGGCCUGGUUAUGCUUCUUCGGGGAGUUGAUGCAAAUGAACAUUGUUCUUGGUGUCAUUAUUUGUCUUGUGUUCCUACAUCAAAAUGGAGCUGCAAUUCAGAGCCUGCAUACUGCUCGUCAACCCAGACAGGUGACCAGCUCUUUUUAACAUGCUCAAGCAAUGGAAAGAACGGCACAUAUACAUAUCCAAAUGCAAGCAGUUCUCAGAUCCAGGGGUUAUGUUCUCAGCUUUGCAGUUGAUUUAUGGAGAUUACAAGGGCUCAAGUUAAUUUGGCAUUACUGCCAGAUGUAUAAAUUGAUUUUCACAUGCAGGUUUUUGUGAUACCAGUUACCAUACGCUUGUUGUUUCUUUGUAUUUAUUACCCUGUGAUCUUCAUUCUUGAUCUUUACUAUAAAAAGUUGGAUAUCAUUGAUUGCUCUGUUUCAUAC